GUGGCGCAUCCGGAAUACACAACCACACUUCCGGGAGAGAGAGAACGAGAGAGAGAAAGAAAGAAAGAACAGGUGUAUAAAGGGAAAGUAAGCAGGCAGACAUGAACAUGGACGCAGUUAAGACUUGAUAUAUCCUUCAAACUGAAACGUCUGUGGGUUUGUUUUGUUUGUUUUUUCAACAGUCGAGAAAACCGCAACUUCCUGAUUUGUCUAAGCUCGCGCUGUUUACAUUUGACAGAUAUGACUUUUUACGUCCGUAACAAAUGGUCUGAGCAGCUGCUGCGCGCGCGCGGUCCCUUCUCGUCCUUCUAAACUUCCGGCUACGGCGAUGAAAAUAUCCGGAAUAACUUUUCUGAACUUUUUGCUUUUAUAUCAUACAGUGUUAACGGAUGACGAAGUUACAGUAAUCAGAGAGUUGGGGGAGAACAUCGUGCUGCCAUGCCUCAACCUCCCCGUCAACACCACCCCGUCACUGACCCACUGGUUAAAGGGCAGCAUGGUGCUAGCCACCCGUAACCACUCUCUGCCUGCCAGCACGACGCAUAAAUUGACGCAUAUAUCCAUCCUGGACAACAGCAGCUUGAGCAUCGCUGGCUUGAUGACUAUAGACGAGGAAGUGUAUCGGUGUGAGACUGAGCCGAGGGAUACCGACGUGCCACAUGCAGUUCAGCUACUGGUCACAGAUGGUCCAAAGGACAUGGUGGUAAAUGUAAAACCGGCGACGUCGCUCCCAAAUGGAACAUGGUUCGUCGUCGAAGCCACCGACGUUGUUUUUAACUGUUCCAGCAAGUCAUACCCCUCGCAGAACCUGACCUGGACAUUUGAGGAUGUGACCCUGAAAGAAAACAAAAGCAGGGCAUUUGGGAAGGAUUCAUCUCUGAACUUUACGAUCUUUAACAUUCGGCCUGAGGAUCAGACAAACUACACGUGCCUCGCUGAGAACAUCGUCUCCAAGAAAGCGGAGACACGAAGACUGGAACUGCUCGUCUACUAUGCUCCAGAAAUUCACCCGGACUGUAUUUGGCACUAUGGCUCUCAGCUCGAUCAGGUCCUCUUUAACUGCUCCUGGUAUGGAGCUUACCCGACCCCCACGCUAACGGUGAUAUUGGAGUCAAAAGCAGGCGGGGAACCCAUACUGAACGCAUCGCAGGAGACGGAGAACUUUGAGCUGACUCUGAACAGGAGCAUGCUGUAUGAGGGCCAGAAGAUCACCUGUGUAGGAAAACACAUAGCACAAACGCCUGGGGCCGAUAAGUCAUGCACCUUCACACUUGUGGCUCCAUACCCGAUCGGACAACCGAUGGUUGCUGCUCUGGAAGGCACGAACAUCACCCUCUCAUGCACCGAGUCCAAGUCUCUGCCUCCUGCUAAAACCGUAUGGCUGCGUGGAAAAAAUCGGGCGCCCAUCGUUCCCAGCUCCAAGUACAUUGUGGUUGAGCAGGGCCCGAGUCUGAGCCUCACCAUAGUCAACGCCACCAUGGAUGAUCAGGACGUGUAUUUCUGCUGGAGUGAAAACGUUGUCGCUUUCCAUGCACUGGAGGUCUCCCUUACUAUCAGAUCCUCUGCGGAUAAGUCCGGAGCCGUGGUCGGGGUCUUCAUAUCAAUUUUAAUUUUAAUAGCUGGAUUCACAGUGGGCUACUUUCUGUACACCCGCCGUGACAGGAUAUGUCUGGGUUUCCGAUUUGGUCGUUUAAACGAUGACAACAUGGACGUGAUGACUCUCAUCGACUCCGACGAGGAAGACGUUUUCCACGAUGCCGUUCCGAGGCUCCCUCCACUUACUAACGGUCACGUUCCUACUCCAGCGACCACGCUUGUCGAAAUUCACUGCAUUCAGUCCAGUGAUCAUGAAGAUAAUGUGCAUGAUACAGGCCUAGAUCAUCACACACAAGACCAGACACAGGAUCACACAGAGCCAGAUGAAAAAUAAAGAAAGGGACUUGAACUGUACAGAAUUUCUUUCAAGAGCCAUUACAUUGGCUCAUUUUAUUUAAUAAUGCAGGGAUCUGAAGUUGCAAUUUGUGUGUGUUUGUAUGUGUGUGUGUGUGUGUGUGUGUGUGUGUGUGUGUGUGUUUGUUUUUACAGUAGAAUUAGCUGUUAAAAUGGUUGUAUAAAAUAAUAAUAAUAAUUGUAUUUUUUUGUUUACUUGCCAUGUAAUUUUGGCCACAUUGCGUGUGUGUGUGUGUGUGUGUGUGUGUGUUGUUAUCCACUGCUUUGUAUAAAAGCAUCAAAACUGUCCAUAUGCGUUAAGACAAUGUUUUGAAAGGGUUUUUUUUUUUUAAAUUCCCUUUUAUUUGAAUGCAAAAGAAGCUUUUUCUAAUUCUGUCUGAUUGCUUUGAGAAUGAUGCAAUAUAACUACAAUAUCUACUGUAAACUGUAUGCGGGUUUUCAGUGCAGCCGGUGGACGUCCUUUAUUUUUCUGAAUAAUUGAUUAAUCUGAUAAGAAUGAUCAGAAGGUUUCUUGAGGGUGUUGGCACAGCGAGUAGUUUCCCUUCUUUUGGGCUAUUUUUAAAACAAAAUUGGACUGGAAAAAACACCAGAUCUAUUUUAUAUAGUUUUGAAAUGAUUCGUCAGGGUCUAGAUGAUCAUUAAUUUGGUUUGAAAAUGAAUGCAGUAAUGUAAACUAAUGUGGAUUUUUAGUACAAAUUGUUUCCUGUUGAAAGAGUGGGAAAAGUUGAUGUCACGUAUCAAGAAACUCUGGACUCCACUUCCCAUCAGCCACUGCACUGCUCUAGUUGUCACAUGACCACCUGCACCUGAUUCACGUUUUGGUUAAUGAGCACUCGUGUAUAUAUAGUCCUUGUCUGCACUAUUUGCUUGUCUUUCGUUGUCUUAGACCGCUGUGUUCCAUGUUUCUUGAUCUUGUUAGUUUAUGUUUAGUUUUGCCACAGUAUUAUGCCAAGUUGUCCUAGACUCUUGUCGUUCAUGUCUCGGUGUUUUGUUUCAUGCCACAGUGUUAUACCAAGUUGUCUUAGUGUCUUUGUUUCAUAGUACGUUUGUUUAAAUAAAUGUCAUUAUCUGCACCUGCUUCUGGCUCGACCUCGACACGUGACAGAACGAAAGACCAGCAAAUAGUGCAGACAAGGACUAUAUAUACACAUGAGUGCUCAUUAACCAAAACGUGAAUCAGGUGCAGGUGGUCAUGUGACAACUAGAGCAGUGCAGUGGCUGAUGGGAAGUGGAGUCCAGAGUUUCUUGAUACGUGACAGUUGAUUGAUAAUCUUGAAUGAACGGAAGAGUUUGACAAAGCUGGAACUGUUUGAAGUGUGUCUUUUUUAAAUUUAUUUAAUAAUUAAAAAAUAAUAAUAAAAUCUAUAAUAUUGCCCUUUCCAUUUCCUAACAAGACUGUAAUAUCAGGGAUAUUUUAGAAAAUAUUAGCAACCUGUAUAUCCACAACUGUAUUAAAUUAUUACUGUUAUUAUUAUUAUUAUAUAUAAGAAAUGUUACAAAACAAAACAUUUGUUGUUGAAAGGAAAAAUGCUGCACUUAAAUGAAGCAUCAUGUCACGGGAUGAUGCAUUACGACUCUUUUCAGUGAGUCAGAUCAUUUCGCUCGGCUCACGAAUGAAAUCCGACUCCUACGGCUUCCAAACGAUUCGGUGCCAUUUUGUCCUAAACUGGACAAAGAUUG